CUCGCUCCUUCCUCAUCCCCACAUACCAACACUACCCUCCUCUUCUCUUCCUCUCUUUCUCUCUGCUUCCUCAUUUCCAUUUCCUUCUCUUCUUUCUUCUUCUUUCUUUUUUUUUUUUCCUCCUCUUUAUCCUUCAGAGUGGUGUGUACUGCACCCAUCACCCCAGUUUCCUCUCUUUCCUGCUAACUUGAGCCCGAAUUUAAUUCCCAAAAAAAAAAAAAAAAAAAAAAAAAUUCAUUUGUGUUUUUUUCCUCCUUAUGGACAAGACGGAGAGAGAGACUCAUGAUUUCAUGAACGUGGAAUCCUUCUCUCAGCUUCCCUUCAUUCGUCCAGCUCCAGUUAAAGAAAAGAGCAUUCGCCUUUUCGGCAAAGAAUUCGGCGGCGGCGAUGUGGCGGGCACCACCGCCACGGAAGAAUCCGAAUCCGCGGAAACCAAUAAUGCGUACGACGAUGCCAAAGACAACAACAGCACCAGCAACAAUAACAGCAACGAGAGCAACAACAACAACGGGGAGAGCAAUCGGAGAUUCGAAUGCCAUUACUGCUGCCGGAACUUCCCGACAUCACAAGCUUUGGGAGGACAUCAGAACGCUCAUAAGAGAGAGCGACAACACGCCAAGCGAGCACACCUUCAGUCUGCUAUGGUGCAUAGCAACCUGACGGAUGCUCAUGUCUAUGGUCUCAUGAAUUAUCGACUGGGAUCGAGUCCAGCUUAUCCGUCGUGGACCAGCAGCAAUAAUUCUACUGCUGCCACUGCCAUUGCAAGUGGGAAUAGGUUUUAUGGAGGCCUUGGCUCUUACUCUCACCCACCACCAAUAAAUGGAAGUCCUCUGGCUUUGUGGCGAAUCCCUCCUGCCGUUCAAAGCAACCACCCUGCUUUUAAUCGUGACCGUUCAUCGGCUGUGCAUCCUUUGCCAUUGUUUGCUGGUGAAGAAAUGAAAGCGUCACACCUUGGUGGAUCUGCUGCUUCUCAAAGUCGGUAUGUUACUUAUGAGUCAAAACCUAGCGUUCAGGACCAUGUGAGUUUGGAUCUUCAUCUGUAAUAAUUCCAUUAAUUAACUUUUUUUUUUUUUUUGGGAAAGAAAAAAAUUUGAGAUUUUUCUCAUGUUGGGUAUUUAAUUUCCUUUCGGUAUAUGCAAAUGUGGGAAAAUUUAUAAAAAAUAUUAGAUUAAUUUUCUUGCUUAAUUAAUUUAUGAAUUAACUUCAUUCAUAAUUUCACCAUGUAACUGAGGUUCAAACCUUGACCUGGAUAAGAAUCCUCCUUCCCCAUUAUUGUAAUUAAAAAAAAAAAAUGAAAAAUAUUUGUGUGUUUGUUGGGAAUUUUUUAUAACACAUGGUAUUAAUUAAAAUGUUUAACGUCUUUCUCUUUAUUAGCUUCGUUAAUUCUAGAAGACCAUUUCCGAGAACACAUCUCUCUCUCUCUCUCUCUUCCCCCCGCCCCCACGCAUAAUUUUCUGAUACUAAAUAUUUCAACCUUUAGAAGCAAUUAAGUAAAAUUUUGGUUCAAUGUUUCUUGCUCAAAUUUCAUCGAUUUAUACUUAAAAGCAAUAUUUUGCUCUGAGCAAUUCAUAUAUAUGUAUCUAUCAUCUUUAUAAAUCAGAGUAGUUUUUUUGUUUUUGCAAAACACACGUGUGGGGAAUAUAUGGUACCAGUCGAGUUCCGCAUGAACUUUUGUCGAUACACACGUGUGGAUACGUCCAUAUUUGAUGUGUAAGACAGGUGGGGUGAUGAGAGAGGUGAGAUUGGCUUCGGUGCAUCAGAGUCAUGAGAGAAAAAGAAAAGAAAAGAUGAUCAUCUAUCAGACAUAUUGAUAAGGUUAAAUGUCUCUUCUGCUUAAAAGAUAUAACAUUUUGCAGAAGAAGAAAACGAUAAUUCCAUGGCAUUGCUGCAGUGCAAUCCACAGACUGAAAGAAACAAAGAAAGACACAGAAAAAGAAAAGACUGUUUAUGUGUUAUGAAUGUGUGCCCAUCAAACUUUAAAUAAUGAUGCGCAUUACAUAUCUACCUAAAAGAUUGUGGUGGAACCUACCUCACCUGAUCAUCAUACCACCUCAAUGACUAAUGAGACAAAGGUGCCAAUCUCAAGACCACUGAUUCUUUCCAUUUUUAUGUUUUAGUGUUGAUAUAAUCUCCAUAUAUUGAUUCUUAAUUAACCCCAGUGAUUGUUGGCGAUAAUUGACAAUAUUCUAUUAUCACGUCAUCCUCAUAAUGUUAUACUAAACACUAUUAUUAACAAAUGUAGGAUUUCUUUGUAUAAGGUUAGUUAAAUAGUUAAUAUAAUAGGUUGUUAGUAUUUAUAUCAGGUCGAUUUUAUAAGAAAAUGACUAUAGCAGAGAUGAAAAAUAUGGAAGUGGGUAAUGGAAGAAGAAACAAUUGUAAUGGUGUCAAUUCAAAGAAGAAAGAGGAAUAAGUGAAUACCAAGUUGAUGAAGGUCUAGGAGUAGUAGUAGGGGAAUUCAUGGGUCACUUCUGUCUGUAGCUGUUUAUGAACGUACAUUUUUCGUCAUUUCAGAGGGAAUAGUACCAAAGCUUUCAUGGCUUUAAAAUGGCAAAACCAACCCUAGAGAAAAGGAUGUGUCUUCCUUUUCCCUCUCUAGGAGACUCUUUGAAAGGAACAUAUGAACAUGGUAGUUAGCCUGCCAUCUUUAUUUCCAUGGCUUUUGUACCAUUUGCUUUUAUGUCUGCAAUAGAAAGAGAGAGAAAAUAAAGCAAUUAGGUAGGUUAUAUAGUUUUUAGAUGUGAGUGAAGGUGAAUAAAAAUUUACGGAUUCUGAUAAUAUAGCUGUGCCCACCUAGGGCAAGCACUUCGACUCUCUUUCUCUCUCUCUCUCUCUCAAUAACCAAUAAUUCAGUUAUAGUUUUGUACUGAAAUUAAAGGAUCUCUCUGUUUCUUUCAUUUAAUGUUUAAUCAAUCUGUUAUUUAAAAUAAUGUGACAUCACAAAGCUGGUCAGUGUUUAAUACGAUCAUGGAUAAUAUACAGAACUCCC